GGCUGUCUGGUUUUCCCUCCUAUUCUUCCCAUUCUUCUUUGCUCAGGUCGGACAAGUCCAGCCCAAGUUCAGCAAGCAAUGUCUGCCCGGCUAAUGCGCCUGGUGCCCCUUGCCGGGCUCCUCAUGGGACUGCUCCUCACCUUCUACUACCUGUACAGGGGGGUCGCAGCCCCAUCAGCCACUGGCCUGGAGGAAACCACUCAGCACAAUAAUAUCGACCUUUCGCAUCUUUCAGACACUCAUCACCAAGUCUUUUCCGCAUCGACCCCCAACCAGAAAUAUUUCCACGUUGACUUUGGUGAACGAGAUGGCUUCAACCCCAGCAUCAUCCCCCAUCCCGUACUGCAAGACAAAUGGAUCAUCACCGCGCAACUCGCGCGCAAUCGCUCGCAGACCGAGCCCCUCUCCGUCUGGAGUGCCGAGCUGGUCUGUACCGCAGCCUUCCAGGACCAAGGUCGCACGCUACGCUGCGUUGACCAGCCUCUCAUCCUUCCCAUCGCUGCGACCGCCACUGACGAGACGCGCUGCAAUGGCGAGCUGGAAUUUCUCUCGGUGAGCCUGGGGCCGCACGAUGCGCGGAUCUUCUACGGGCCCGACCGACCGUAUGCGGUGUAUGGGUCGAACUCGCAGCAUACGUGUUUUGGACAGUGGGCGUUGGACUUCCGCGUGCUGGUUGACUGGCCGGGCGAGGAGCUGAUUCAGACCCCAACGUAUCGACACCCGGUCGAGCUCCAGCGACCCCUCCUUCCGGGGUACUCUGCGAUCGAGAAGAACUGGUUCCUGUUCUGGGACAUGCACGGGACGGCAUACGUGCAUUACGAUGUGGCGCCCACGCGGGCCUUCUCGCAGCUGCUGAGUAUCGCCGAUGGCUCCGUCGGUUCCGAUCUGGCAGCCAAUGCCGCCCCCAUCGAUGAGCCCUGCCUGCAGAGGCACUUGCCCCUCCUCACAGACCCGGACCACGAGUCCAUCCACCAGGCGACGAACUCCCUGGCGAUCACGCUGUGCGAACGCGCAGAUCCCAGCUGCCAGCCUAGCGAGGAUAACACGUUUGUUUUCAUGAUCUUCCAGCACAAGAAGUACGUGGCCUUCCACAGUGUGUAUGAGCCCUACGUCAUGUUGUUCCGCCAGCGUGCGCCGUUCGAGAUGUUUGGGGUUUCCACCAAGCCACUCUGGAUCCACGGGAGGUUGUCCGCGAGUGUGGGGGUCGAGGAGGACCAACAGCAGUCGGAGAUGUUGUAUGUGACCUCCAUCAGCUGGAAACAGGCGGGCCAGCGCUACCAUGGAUACAUCGACGAUGCGGUGUUCUUGGGCUUUGGGCGGGAGGAUUCCCAUUCGGGAGGCAUAGAUGUGGUUGCGAGGGAUCUGCUCGAUGGACUGGGGUAUUGCUUCGGUUGAGGUGCUGUGCUGUGCUGUGCUGUUCUGUUCUGUAUGAUAUGAGACAACGAUAUGCUCUCCAGGGG